GAGAUGUCACAGGCUUCACGUCUCUAGCCCAGUCUGGGCGUAGACCAUGGUAAACAUCAGUUUCGUUCCUGCCACUCGCUUGGACGCAACCGUCUCCGAGUCUCUACGACCAUUCUUCGUGUCUCCGCUUUGAGCUUGCCAGUGUGCAGGCCGAGUGGGUAAGCUCCAGUGACAGUGUUGUAGAGUCUACAUUGGCAGCAACCAGUGCAUUGAAACGACAAGUCGACAGCUGACGGCACAGCUAGGCGCGCUACGUCACUAACCUUACAAGUCAACGAAGUCCAGGUUUCCUUUCUUUGUAUGAAAGAAGGACACAUUCUGCAUUUGUUCUGCAAUGAGUUUCUCAACUUGGUAGCUCUCUCUUCAGCCUGUCCCAUAUGACCAUCGCCGCCAUUACGCAUUAGUCUCGGCGGUGAUAUGAACACGCCUCUCAACUCUAGUUGCAACCACAGGCAUCAGCAAUGGGCAACGGAACGCUAGACCAGUCCUCCGUGCUGCAACUAACGGACUGCUCCGGAACGCUAGUCAACGUCAGUCGGUUGAAUGUGCUGGCGUACUCGAGGUUGACAGCUUCUUCAUUGAGUUUUAUUGGUUCUGUGUCGAUUAUCAUCUACAUUCUCAAGAAACACAAGCUAUCAUCUUCAGAGAUUCACCCAUUGUUCUUCCUAGGAAUUGCUGACUUCCUCCUGUCCAGUGUUUGGGUGGUAGGGAAUGCCUUGUUCAUCCAUCACAAAGACGAGCCCUGCAAUAUUGUCGCUAUUAUUGUUUGGUGCCUGGAGCUUCUGACACAUCUGCUAACUGUAAUGUAUGCCUUGGUGACGUGGAUGAAGGUGUACGAGAUGAGCAUGACAAGCAGUAGCAGCCGGGAAAGGAAAGCAGCGUUCAAUCAGAGGAGGUUCAUUAUACAGAAGAUAGCCUAUGUGUUGUGCUGGAUACUGCCCAUCGCACUGACCAUCCCAAGGCUAACGAGUGGCAUCCCAAAGAGCGAUUGCCUAAGAUGUGUGACACUGUGGGCAGAAGAUCUUCCUGAAAAUGGUGAUGAAGACAAGUGGUCGGGUAUCACAAUGGCUCAGUAUGGAUCAACUGUAUUCAUCGUUGUCCUCACAGUGUCCUUCACUGCAAUUUUGGUUCUCUAUGGACAUGUCCGUGUGAUGAUCAAGAGAGUUAUCAGAGGUCGGGGUGUGUUCAGCUCCAACGAACGAGCUCAGGAGAAGCAGAUUCAAAAGCGGGCGCUGCUAUAUAUUUGUGUCUUCUUCAUAUGCUGGUUGCUAACUCUUAUCGUGACUAUGUGGACAAGAGUGAAGGGCAGACGACUGGAUGUUAAGAACAACGCUCAGUUUGGUGUUCUCAUGGGCCAGGCAUGGACAAUGCCAAUGCAAGGUUUUCUGAACUGCCUGGUGUACGGCUGGUCGAGAAGCAAUUUCCGCAAUCCGAAGAACUACAAUGCGUUGCCGUUCCGUGAGCAAAUCAAUAACUACGGUUCAGUGCCUGGACCUGGCUCUGGCAGCAGCCUCAGCUCUUCGCUUUAGAUCUCUUGCUUGAAGCUUUACUGCAUGUUUUGAGCACCAUUAUGCUAUUGCUGCGACUUUGAGAGUUGAUAAUAAUUUGUGUACUUGUCAGAAUUGGAACUCCCAACCCCGAAAGCUUAGUUAGCAUCACUGGUUAACUCUUGUGACGGAUAACAGCACAGCAGAGCGCUGGCCGUCACACCUUCAUGAUCAAUUUUAUGAUAGCAGGUUGAUGUCCAAAUUAGUCCAAAUUAGUCUACUUAUUCCAAGAUUUGGUUUGAAUUUCCCGAUCACUCCUGUAAAUUCUGUAAUUCUCCAAAUUCAUCUAAUAUUUAUUUGCUGUCACGAGGACACCAAUCACAGAUUUUUUUAAACUACAUUGUAAUAAUUAGGAACAUUUUUUUGUGAUUGCGUCGCA